CUGCUGAGUCAUCAUGACUGGUCUCAUGAUGAUCACUGAGCAGCAGCAACAAUAGCUGCCCUUUAUUGAACACACACAUUUACACACCCAGAGAUGAGAGCCGGACCAACACGCCAUACAAAGCAUCUCAUUGAGAGCUUGUGGAGAUGCUCAUCUGUGGAGCCAUGCACUCUAAGGACUGAUCUCAUCUUUUGCACUUCCCUGCUCCCUCUUUGUUGACUUCUGUGUCUCCGUCCUUUUGUCUCUUGUUAACGCUUUGGUACAAAUGCAUAAACUUAAUUUUAUUCAGUUUGUCUCAUUGUUGAGCAUGCAUUUUAUCCAGAGUAGACGCAGGUGUGUGUAUGUGUUAGAGCUCUAACAGUUGGUUUUCCCCUGGAGUGCUUCCCCACAAAUUUGACCACUUCCUCUUCUUUCAUGCUCAUUUCAUUACUAUUGGCCUGAAGCCAACCAAUAAGAGUUCAACAACACAAAGGUAGUGGGCACUGUCGGUACAACCACCAGGAAACAGGAAGUCAGGGAAAUUCUAAGAAAGGUUUAUGUCUCACUUUCACUCAUUCACUCUGACACAGAUGCGUAACACUAUAACAUGCUCACACAACAGUGCUUGAACAGUAGAUUUCGAUUUCGUAUGUCUCCACUGGUCCAGGUCUGUUCCGAAGACCGAGGCUCUUGUGGCAUGACGACGACUAACAAAGGAAAUAAAGCCUUGAAGGUGAAGCGUGAGCCGGGGGAAAAUGGCACCAGCCUGACAGACGAGGAACUGGUGACCAUGUCAGUGCGGGAGCUAAACCAGCACCUCCGAGGGCUCUCUAAAGAAGAGAUCCUGCAGCUGAAACAGCGCAGGCGCACCCUGAAAAACCGGGGCUAUGCCGCCAGCUGCCGGGUGAAAAGAGUCACCCAGAAGGAAGAGUUGGAAAAGCAGAAGGCCCAGCUGCAGCAGGAAGUGGACAAACUGGCCAAUGAGAAUGCUUCCAUGCGUGUUGAGCUGGACGCUCUGAGGUCUAAGUAUGAGGCGUUACAAACCUUCGCCAGGACUGUGGCACGGAGCCCCACCGUCGGGGUUGGGGUCAGGGCUGGAGGGGGAGGAGGAGGGGUGGCGUCGUCAGUCAUUGGUCCGCUCAUACCAGGGAAGGUGGCAACAGCAACAAGCGUAAUUACAAUAGUGAAGUCCAAAACAGAUGCACGGUCUUGAGGGAGGGAAAUAUAGGUGAGGGUGUAUCAGGAUGGAGUUCAGCUGCAUCAAAGUUAUUCUUCUUCUCUGCUGGCCCCCUCUCCUCCACCUGCACUGACUACAAACAGCAGGGCAGUCUUGAUCACCUCAGCAUCUUCCUGUCGCCUGUCUCAGAUCAGUGCAGAUGAAAGAAAGGAUGGAAGCAGAGGACGAUUACUGAGACUAUCAAGAUGCAAGCCCUCGGUCAGCACUUGAUCAUUUAGCACCGGACAGACACACAGGGUUCCUACGGUCACUGAGGGCCUGUAAAAGUCAAAGAAUUUUUUUUUCAUAUCAGGCCAGGGGAAAAAGUCUAAAACAUGUAAAUGACCAAAACACUUUGGAAGAAUCAUGCAACAUUGUUCAGUUGCCAUCUCAAUCAGUCAGGUGUUUAGUGUGUUACAGCUGCUAGAUUUAGAUAUCCGUAUGUUGCAUAAUAAGCCUGUCACACAUUUGCACACUAGAUUUGAAGCGGUAGUUUUGCCUGGCAAUGGAAAUUAGCUACACAACAAAACUAUUGUUAACCAUACAUUACACAUUUAAUAAAAGCAGAAAGACGGUGUUAUGGAUUAGUAAAUGAAAGAUCAUUGGACUUGAUUGACGCUGAAGGUCCCUGAGCACCAAAAGAAUACACAAGUUUAGUGUGAUCUGCUGAUUUCAGUGGCUGCAGAGAAGUCCCAUCUUGCUCGACCUAGCCAAGAACUUUUUCGGAAAAGUACUAUAGAAAAUAUAUAUUAUACAAUGGUGGUACCUGUAUUUCUACUGUUUUGUACUGUGUUGUCAUUCACAUGAGGUCCAAAGUGUAUUCUCUGUGUGUGAACUGUUAUAUAUCAGGAAUUCUGUGAAAUUCUGUGCCGCGUGCUUGUUUUGGUAUUGCUAUAUUUAGUUAGCUGUAUUUUUUUCUAUGGUCUUUUCACUUUCUACGUCCGACUCUCUCUGUCACUUGCUUAUCUUUCUCUUUCUCUGUCCUUCCAAUUUUUAGUUCCAGCUAGUCUUCAUUAUUACAUACAGUACUUCCUGAAUCUAAGAAAAAGACAAGGGAAAUGGCAAUUAUUUAUAAAAAAAGAAAAACAUGCUAUUGAAAAAAGAAGAUAAAGUUAUUGAAAGUCACUGACCAUAUCUCGUAUGGUAAGAGUUUUCAGGGAAAUUGACAAUUGAACACCAGAGCUGAGUUAAGAUAAAGUUGUCUUGUCUGUUUGAUGUUCACUCAGAAGUAUAUAUAAUCAAAAAAAUGUGGAAGGGCAAGUGCCUUGGUCUCCUAAUGAUAUGCAUCUAGAAGAAGUCAAGAGGACACAAGGUGUUGUUGAAGGACAGUGGCGAUUUAAUGCAGGUGUUUGCUUACACCUGUGCUUAAUUGGAUACACUGACCAAUCAGGAAUCGGCUUGUGACAGCAUUUAACUCUCACUGUGUUACUGUGUGCGCUGUGUAGUAAGUUCAGUAAUAUUAACACCCAUUUAUGUGACUUGGCAGUUCAUUUACUUUACUUACAAAAAGUUUCUGUAAAACAGAAAUCUGUAUUUUUCCUCAUGUUAUGCAGAAUGUACUUUUUAGAAAGGCAGUGUUCUGUUAUGAGGAAAAGUCUCUAUAUCUGUUUUAUGUUCUGACUUGGUUCAGAUGUUUAUGAAUUUGAUACUGACUCAGAAAUCUGGGUUAUUACACCUGCAGCAAUGUUUUGCUUUAAGACAAAGUGCUUUAUGUUGCCUUUAACCCCAAAGCUCACAUUGCAAGUGCAAAUGUGAUCACUGACAACGUGAACUUGCAAGGAUAACAAAGACAGUGCUCUGAAUUUCCAGUCACACAAAUGGGCUUUCAUUUCACAUUAGCGUUACCAUUAAAGCAGUCUUUGUCUAUGUAUGGUAGAGUCUGGAGUUUUUAAAGACAAUUAUCUUUGCAUUGUUUGUAAUGACCUGUAAAAAAAAAAGGUAUAACAAAAUCUGUUUGAUAUACAGUAUCUCUCUAUUUUGCAAUUGUACCAAAAGUGGCUUAACUACUGAAUAGCUUUGUUUUUUUUUUUCUCUAGUGACUAGGCACGUGUGUGUAACCGUGAACUAGUGUGUGGUGUGCUGUGUCGGUAUGUGACGAGGUAACUAUAGCAUUCACUAUUUCAUGGAUAUGACUUUGAUCCCUGUUGGAUUUCAGGGAGGGUGAUGACACCGUAAGUAACUGCACUCUUUCUCUAAUCAUAAUCAUCUUUGUCCUUCCAGCCCCGUCUUUCAGCUCCAGCACUGCAGACACAUGAGAUCACAUGUUAAUCUGCAAAAUUUUAGGGAGUUCUUUUCAACAGACUCAUGUGUUUCUGAACCAGUCUAUGUGGCUUUAUUUUGGUUCUUGCACUGUUCACAGCUCGUCAUUGCAGAUAAUAUGACCGAUUAGAUGAAGAAGUGUUUUGGUUAACCUUACGAGCUGUCUGAUACCAUCUGGUAACAGACUCAGCAAUAGGCCUAUAUGGCUGCACCGCCCUUACUCCAUCAGUAAGUUAUUUUUGUAGUGUUUGAUAAGAACAUUUGUUUUUGCUGUGUACAUUUUAUAUAACUGUCUAUUUAAUGUUGUUUCUGUUUUGUUUUUGAACUGUUAUCUACAUGUCAGGGAAGCUAAACAACAUUUGUGUUUUCAUAGUUGCUGUUUUAUGAAGUGGGAAAAAAAAAUCUGUUCUGCUAUUGGUUUGUCUGUCAGAGAGUAAGGUUUACUGUUAUGAUGUAUAAUUGCCUCAGUUUUUUUAACCACAAAAACCCUUAGUUAAAUUAAGUCAUUUACUGACACAGAAGCAAUUUACAACGAUAAAAACAUUACAUACAUGUCGCCUUUUUAUCUGAACCACUGUUUUCCACUGUGACGAAUAAAGGGGUUAGCUAGCUACUGAUGUGCAGUUACUAAGGUUAGUGGGGUGUGUCCUCAUCUGUGUCCUACAUUAAUAUAAAAUUAAUUUAAACAUAUAAAUGAGUACAAAUGUAGGAAGGGAAAUGGAUUUGAGAUUUUCAAAUAUUAUUUCUCCAUUAUCUUUAUACCAAUAACCAUUUGCAGAUUCAGUCAACCAUCAAACCAGAGAGCUGAAAAUGUCUGCAACAUUAUUUAAAAAUAGGAAUAUACUCCACGUUAUUCAGCUAAAUGCAUAUAGCUAUCACACCCAGUGUUUCUUUAUAAGAUUUGUGCUGUUUUCUAUGAGAAGAAUUCUUAUUUGAUUUUCUACUGGAGUUUUUAAAAUAUAUUCAGUCACUGUUGCUUCCUUCCUGUCAUGUUUUUUUUUUGUUUGUUUUUUACUGGCAAGUCCUGUGUGGUGUUUUUUUUAGUUUUUAUUUUUUUUUACUGGCAAGUCCUGUGUGGUGUGUGUGGUCACGAUUGGUAUAAAGUAGGAAGAAACUGAACAUGGGCUAAGACCAGGUUUUGUUAUCUUCAACCAAAAUAUGAACCUUGUUGGUGCUUGUCAAACUCUACAUAAUUAAUGUGCCACUGUCAAACAAUGUUUUCACCUACUUUGUGUUUUUUAUGCUCAUCUAGUUGUAUAUGUGUCAACAUGGUGGCUGCUGUUAAAUAGACAUCUCUAAUUAUGCAAACUGUGUGGGGCAAAAUUAGAACUCCUGGCACACAGGAGCAGUGAUGCUAUCGUAGUCACUGUGUCAAGCUGUCUGCUGUAUAAUUGCAGACCCAGUGUGAUGUGACAAGGUUAAAGAGCUUAUAUACAGUGUUUAGCAAUUUAUACUAGGUUAUAAAUGCUUGUGCCAGUUUGUCUCUGUUAAAUCUGGCUUAUGUAUUGUGGCUGACCUUGCUUUUCCCCUUAACAAAUUUUUGUGAAAACAUUAAAUUAUUCUUUAUCAAGUUCCAAUAUAAAAUCUUGCAAAGUAUACAGUAGCUGUCAUGCAAGGCCUCUAGUUGAACUUCAGAAUAUCUUUUUGGCCAAGUAUGUUUAACACACACACACACACACACAAGGAAAUUGUCUCGCCCCUAGAGAGAGUGUUCAACCAAGGCAGCCAUCUGCAGCGCCAUUAUUCACACACACCAACGGUGGCACUGCCCUGGCUGUCGGGAGCAACUUGGGGUUCAGUAUCUUGCCCAAGGACACUUUGACAUGUGGACUGGGGAGAGUGAGAAUUGAACUGCUGACCUGUGGGUUAGGAGAGAACUCAGUCUACCUCCUGAGCCACAGCUGCCCCAUUAUUUUUGCCUCUCGGAUGUGACUAUCUUGUGGUUGAAGUUUCUCCAUUAUGAAGCAGUGUGUGUUUCUGGUUCAGCUUUUGCUCAGCAGACAACAGUGACCUUUAGUGAUGAUCAGACAGGUCAGCUUGGUGGCUUUUUCAUAACAGAGAUUAUGAGGUUUUAAGACAUGCUGACCUUAUUCUCCACUGCCUGUACAGAGGUUGUACUCUCCUUAUGAAAAGGACUUUUCAUCACAAACCCAAGCAACCACUCCUAAACCACAUCUAUAAAUAUUUAACAGAGGCAGAAAGGAGAGGUUGAGACACAUCUGAUACAACUCCUAACCGUUCCCCGCUCCACUUUUCCUAUCCCUUUGUACAGAGUGUCUACAAGUGACCUCAGCAGGCCCUUCAAAACAUCCCAUUCUUCUAGAAGAUGCAAAUCAUUAACUCCUUAUCUUGCUGUUUGGCCAAUCAGUGUGUAGUCAUUCAGCUGUUUUCCUGUCUAGUGAAUCAUGCCACUGGACUCUAAAAGCCCUUUCACCCACCCAUUCCGAUCGAUGACAGUAAAUGAACCGAGGAGUCCUUUGAUCAUUGUUUGGCCAUUUAAUCAAUAAUACUGUGUGGUUUUCCAUCCAAGUUGCUCUCUGUACAUCCUUUAAUAUAAAAUCUGACCCAGGGUUCAGGUACAUAUGACUAACUUAUUGUCAUUUUUUUCACUUUUUGUUCAAACAUUCUUGCUCUCACAUUUUUCCCCAUCAAACCAUGUGUGUUUGUUCAUGAGUGUUCGGCCAGGUUACUCAUGGGAGCUGGGAUAUUUUUGUGUUUCUAAAAGUAUAUCUUGGUCAAUUUAAAGCUAUAGGAAAGUAGUGAGUUUGUGCGAAUAUGGCGCAGCCUAUUCAGAAAAGUCCUUGUAAUAGGAACUUCUGUGUUUUGUAAAAUUUCUGUAUGGGGUGUAAUAAAUUAUUCUACAGCAGUACUUUCUAUGGGAAAAUACUUAAAAUGUGACAGUCUUUGUAAGUAUUUAGCUUCAACUAAAUUAUUGUACUUUUUGUUUUCAAUUUGUAGACACAAGUGAUGAUGAAAAGGUAUUGGUAAUCAUGAUAAUUAACUGUUUCAUUAUCAGUCUGAUGCA